GUUUUCACUCUAGUGAUCUAUAGUCUUCAUGUCUGGGAAUUUAUUUUAGGGUCCUCUUUUGGUCCCAUUGUGGCCACUGAUUCUUAACUCUUCCAUGGUUUGUUCAGUACUUCAGUGAGAUAUCAAUGAACGAUUAUAUUAUUUUUUUAUUAUUAUAAUUUCUUCUUUACAGGCCAUUGUAGCUGAGUAAUAAUUCUUGGUUCUUCCAUUGCUGAAUGAAUUUGGUGUAGGUGCGAACCUUAUCUGAAAGUUUAAAGCAAGAUGGGAGAAACAUCAGCUUCCAAUGAUGGCUUGCAAGCUUCUGUUUCAUUGGGUAGAUUUGAGAAUGAUUCAUUGUCCUGGGAGAGAUGGUCUUCUUUCUCUCCAAACAAGUACAUGGAGGAGGUUGAGAAGUGUGCCACACCUGGAUCAGUGGCACAGAAAAAAGCCUACUUUGAAGCUCAUUACAAGAAGAUUGCUGCCCGCAAAGCCGAAUUGCUUGCACAAGAGAAGCAAAAUGGGGAAGGUUCUUCCGGAUCAGAAGAUCAAAAUGGUAUGCAUAUCACUGGCGAAAAUUCCGGUGCUGGUGCAGUCUUUGAUGUUUUGAAAAAACCAGGUUAUGUUGAAGUGGUUAAGAUAGAAUCUAGUUCUGUUGAUGAGAUUAGUAGGAGCUACAUAGUUUCUAGAGAUUAUGUAAGUUCUUCAGCCAAGGCAGAGAAUGAAGAACUGAAAACCAGAUCACAUAGUUCGCAGUUGACAGAUAAGGCUGAAGAAGUUGUCAGCACGAAACAAGAAGAAAGUAUUGAUGCUGAAGUUGAAGAUGUGAAGGAAAUUUUGCAUGUCGUGUACAAUGUCAAGGAGACAGGAAAUGCCACAGAAGUUGAAGUAAAAGAACUGACACUGGAUCAUACUAAGGAUGUUGAAGCAAAGCAUCUGACAUUGGAUCAUCCUAGGGAAUAUAAGGUUACCCCCAUAAAAAGGGAAAGCAAUGUGGCCAAGACAAAGAAGACAUCAAUGCAACCUACACCUAAGAUAUCCCAAAUUUCAACACCAAGAAGUUCAAGUUCAAAGCCUACAUUAACUCAAACAAAGCUACCAGCAUCCAGUUCUUCUACUAAAAAUGCAGAUUCUCCAUCUUUAUCAAGGAAGCAAAUUACUUCAAGUGGCCAGAGCAGAAAAGUUGCUAACAAAUCCCUGCACAUGUCCAUGAGCUUGGGACUAAGUAAUCAUGAUCCGGCUCCUCAUAGUACAGUGGGGAAAUCUUUAAUAAUGCAGAAAAUGGGAGAUAAGGACAUAGUGAGACGAGCAUUUAAGACAUUCCAGAACAAUUACAACCAGCCAAAAUUAUCUGGUGAAGACAGAUCCUUGGUGAAAAGACAGGUUCCUGCAAGGGGGACAAAGCCAAAGGUUUCUACCUCUACAGCUUCACAGAAAGAAAAUGGACAGCCAACAAAGGUUGAGAGUAUUGAUAGAAGAAGUGCAAAUUCUGUACGAGCUACUUCAGUUCUGAGAAG